AUGCUUGGAACGUUUGAACCCGUGAUGCCUUACGACUUUGCCGUGGACGAAGUGCUCGUGACUGCAAAGUAUCAGCGCGCAUCGAAGCUGGUAACGUCGGUAUUCAACAAGUACCACAACGGAUCCCAUCGCGCCGUGGAUACGGUGGUUGUGUCGGCCCUUUUGCAGGAGGAAGACGCGCUGUUUGGCCUGCAAUGCCUCGUCGAACAAGGCCCAGCCGCGAUCUGCCGAGAGCGCAAAGAGUCGGAGGUUCGAACGAUCACGAGCCAAACCACCAUCAACGCUGUCCAAGGCAGCUGGUUCCCGACUCUGACGUUGUGUGGAGGACUCUUGGGCACGCCAAAUACAAUCAUGCGGAAAUGGGAUAUGCUGGGCGACAUCAGCAAACUCACUGCCAUGCAAGAGUACAUUGAACUGCUCAACACGUUGCUUCCUGGCUGGGAUGACCAGUCCGAGUUUCCCGUUUCCCUUCCAGAUCACUUUUGGAAGCAAGACGCGGCGGCGAUCGCGUGUGCAUCGUGUCACACUCCCUUUUCGAUGCAACUUCGUCGCCAUCACUGUCGAAUGUGCUUUGAUAUCUAUUGCCAUCCCUGUUCUCCGUUCGUGGUGGACCUUCAACUGUCCGCGGGUGCCCCUGCGCGUCCUGCGCGGGUAUGUGCCACAUGCAAAGCAGCGAUCGACAACGACAAAGGCUUGCUGGAAGUGCGUCGUCUGCUCCAUGAAAACCGAGAGCUCAAAGUUCGCAUUCAAACGAUUGCCCAAGAUACCGACACGACUGUGAACGCCCAGUUGGCCGUGGCGGCGACGCUUCGCACCGAUGCCAUCGCCCAAGGAUGCAACAUGCUUGCCGUCGACAAGUCGAUUCAAAGCAAAUGGCGAGAGGACGACAAUCCAGCGCUCGACUUGCACGUCAAGACGCCGCCGGCCCAUAAAUUCCGCCCAAGUGAAUCUGUGGAAGCCAGCGAGCAGUUGCGCGUGGCCAACCGCCAACUAGUCAUGUGCCUCAAGGUCGCUGAGACGAGGGCGAAAAAAGCGCUCGACAAAGUCGAAAUCACCACCGCCGUGUUGCAAGAGGCGAUUCAAAACCAACGAAAGCCAUGGCGACCCAUCGCCCGCCUCAUCGUACCUUUCUUGACUGUCGUCGACAUCAAGCGUCUUGCCCAAACCGCUCGUCCAUUCCAGGCCUACAUAGCCACGCUCGAUCUAGAACGUGAAUCGUGCAUCCGAUUGGGGUUCCCCGUGCACUUUCGUCCUCAAUUUUGGAUGUGGCGGGCCUGCCAUGACCCAGACACGCACAAAUACGUGUGCGAUUUGGCCGAGGCCGUCACGUCGCAUCUUGGGGGCGCCAGCGCUGCGGACGAAGACUCUGACGAAGCACUGCAUUGGUCGUCGAUCAUGCUCAAGGCUUCACCAACGUGGUCGGAAGCGUAUGCGCUCGUGGUGGCCAAGUGCGGAGAGAACGGGUGCCUCGAGCACGACAAGCAGAUCCUAGCAGAUGUUGACCGAACGUUUGGCCGAUCCUCGCUUCGAAAGCAAGCGCGCAAGCUUCAUGUCAGUGUGACCGACGUCGACGAGAAGAAACUCGCGCUGGCCCGCGUCCUCCGCGCGUUCACCGCCACCCACACGACCAUGGGGUAUUGCCAAGGCAUGAAUUUCUUGACGGCGUUCAUGCUGUCCAACGUACAAUGGAACGAAGCGCAGGCGUUCUGGUUGGUGACGGCCAUCGCCGUGUCGCCGCAGUAUCAACUCAUGGAGCUGUAUCGCCCGGGCGUGCCGCUGCUCAACCUCCGCUUCUACCAGUUACAUUCGAUGGUCCAACAACUCUUGCCCGAUUUGCACGCCCACUUUGAAGCCGAGGAUUUCCACGUAAGCAUGUGUGCGUCCGGAUGGUUCAUGACGCUGUUCACCAACUGCGACACGCUGCCAGCCGACGCCGUCGUGCGCGUCCUCGACUGCUUCCUCGUAUACGGAUGGAAAAUUAUCUUUCAAGUGGCGUUGGCCUUGCUCCAGUUUCUGCAAGUACGUGCAUUUCGUUGA